AUGUUUUGUCAUUUUAUGUUACUAUUAUUAAUCGCAUGUACUAUUUCGAUUCAAUCCACAAACAUAACAGAUAAUUCCGAUGAUAAUGACGAAGAAGAAGAAGAGGAAAAUUCGAUUCUUUCAAGCACCAUAUUAACCCUAUCUGAACGAGUUGUUAGUGGUUCUAAUUGCACAAUAGAUGAGUAUUCUCAUUUGGCAUCGAUAUCAUUUCAAAAAGAUAAUGUUCAAUACUGCGGUGGAUCUUUAAUUGAUCACCAUUGGGUUUUAACUGCUGGGCAUUGUUGCGAAGAGAUGAAACCUAAAUUUUUACACCUUUUUAUGGUACAUUUCGGGCAAAGUACUUGGUUGGAAGAUGUCGAGCAAUCUAGCCCGAUCGAUAUGGUUUAUAACCAUCCUAAUUAUAACCCAGAAGAUCUCGAGAACGACAUUUGUUUGUUAAAAUUGAAACAUCCUAUUAAAACGGGCAGAAAGGUAUCGAUAUCUAUGCCGGUAGGAACGAAUGUGUUCGAGGAUAUGUUGGCAAAGAAAAAAUGCUCGAGAUCAACGAUUGUGGGUUUUGGUCAUCAACGAGUUCGCAAAGCUAAACGCAAAGUUGAUCCGACGAAAGAAGCGGGGUGGAAUGAACAUUGUCAAUGUGGAAUUGUUCAACUUAUUGAUCGCGAUGAAUGCACAACAUUGUUACAAUCGACUAAAGUGCAUAUGUUGACGGUUUGUGCUCGAGAUGCUUCUGGAAAAACACCAAUUGCGACGGAUGCUUGUCAAGGAGACUCGGGGGGGCCUCUUUUUUGUAAUGGAUAUCAAAUUGGAGUUGUAUCAACGGGGGUUGGUUGUGGAAUGCCCGAUACACCAGGUGUGUAUACAAGGGUUGAUGCUUACACUGAAUUCUUAAGAAAAACAAUGGGAAUACGACCACGUCAUGGACUUGAUAAUAACGACAUCAUUCAACAAGCUUCUGGUUUAUCAGCUUCGAUAAUAAUUGCACCAAGAUCAUCAGCCGUUAAAAUUUCUUUCAUCGUACCUUUAAUUUUCCUUAUAAUAUUUAUG